AUGGCAGGGCACGGCGCCAGCCUGCUCCUGCUCCUCGGGGUCCUGCCAGCUCUCCUCGUGGCCGUCAGGAUCAACGGCAAGGGCCGCGAGGUUCUGUACCUGGCCAAGGGUGACUCGGUCAAGCUGGGCUGUCCCUAUGUCCUGGAACCCGAGGACAACGGACCCCAGGGAGUGGGAAUCGAGUGGAUCCAGGUCACACCCGAGAGACCCGGCCCCGAGAACGUGUUCCUGUCCUACCAGGACCACCACGUGAACUACGGCAGCGGCUCGGGGCUGCAGGACCGCGUGGCCUUCGUGCAGACGGACCCGGGCCAGCGCGACGCCUCCAUCCGCGUGGCCGACCUGCAGGAGAGCGACACCGGUACCUACCAGUGCCGCGUCAAGAAGAACACGGUGGCCGUGCACGAGGUCAUCGUCACCGUGCAAGGUGGCCCUGACAGUGUCCCGUGUCCCCCUGCCCCAGCAGAGAAGCCGGCCGUGCCGCAGUGCUGGAGCGAGGGGGAGCUGAUCGAGGGGGGCUCGGUGCUGCUGCGCUGCUUCAGCCGGGGGGGCACCGCGCCCCUCUCCUACCAGUGGGCAAAGCUGGCCGAGGGCUACGGGGGGGGGCGCCUGCCCUCGGGGACCCUGCAAGGCCGUGCUCCAGGUGACCUCCUGAUCCGCAGCCUGACCGGGGCCCACGCCGGGACCUACCAGUGCCGCGUCACCAACCGCGUCGGGUACUCGGUGUGCCAGCUCAACCUGAGCCCCGGGCCCCGGAAUGUCCCCGUGGCAGGCGGGCGCCAGGCUGGCAUCAUCGUGGGCUCCAUCCUGGGCUCCCUCCUCCUCCUCAGCCUUCUGGGGCUGCUCAUCUGGGCACUGAUCGCCCGCUACCAGCGCAAGGAGUGCCAGCGCGCCUGCAGCGACUGCAGGAGCAGCACGGGUGGCACCAUGCCCCGGCCGUGCACGGCUUGUGCCCACCACUCGUACUCGCCACACGGCAUCAGCUACAUGCAGUGCCAGCACGGCGACAGCGACGAGCGCGCGGCCGCGCUGCUCUGCAACGACGGCAUCCGCCACCAGGUCGCCUGUCCCGCUCUGUGACACCGCGCUCGCGCCCCGGUGUCCCCGCGCGGGGUCGGGACGGCGACCGCGACAGCGACGGCGACAGCGCGGACCAGAAAGUGACGGCGGGAGCGGUUCACUCUGCUCAAAAUCUCCUUUAAAAAAAAAAAAAAAAAAAAACCAAACAAAAAACCCUCCCAGAAUCCCACAGAAUUCCACCCAAAAACUUCACCAAAUCCUUCAAAAAAAAAAAAAAAAUAUCCUCAAGAAUUCUCUCCUCGGUGUCACCUCUGCGGGGACACCGCAGCGACGGCGACAGAGAGCGGUCGGGAAAGCGACGGCGGGAGCGGCUCCCUCUGCUCAGAAUCCCUGAAAAUCCUCCGAAAUCCCACAGAAUGUUUCAGAAUUCCCCAAAAGUUCCUUCCCCGGUGUCCCACUGCGGGGACACGACAGCGACAGCGACAGCGACAGCGACAACGACAGCGACAUCGAGCGCGCGGCCCCAAAAGUGACGGCGGGAGAGGCUCCCUCUGCUCCAAAUCCCUCAAAAUUCCCCCAAAAAUCGCUCAAAAUUCCCCCAAAAAUCCCAAAAAAUUCCCCCAAAAAUUCCUCAAAAUUCCCCCAAAAUUCCUCAAAAUUCCC